CUCUGCUGGAUGCUCCUGUUGUUGUUGUUGUUGAUGGUUGUUUACUUUGGAAUUCAUCUGGUGUCCAGAUGUUUAGCUGUCCGGAUGUUUAGUGUUCGGGUGUAUGUUGCCCCUUACUGAAAAUUUUAUUCCCUCGACAACUCGACAAAACUCGUUGGCUUUGCAAGUUUUUGCCCAUUCGAAACAAACGUUUGGUCAACUCACAAGCGACUGUUUCUACACACAAUCACGGGAAAGGAUGCCUAGAAAAGCCGAGGUGUUGAACUCCCUGUCGCGUGGACGUGUUCGUGCUUCGUGGAACAAGUACAAUCUGUUCAACUUGUACAAGAAGGGCCGUGUGAGCUUCCAAGGACAGAACCUGUAUCAGCAGAAAUGGACCGCCAAGCAGGAAACAAGGGCAUACCACGGUGAGCACAUGACUGAGAAGAGAUUCCAGGCUGAUUUCUCGCAGAAGCUGGAGUCCGUUGCGCACUUGGAUGCGUCGUUGCGUGGUGAGAACCAUAUGACCACCCCGGUGCCUUUGCAAACGUAUGCAGUACUGGAAAAGAGACUAGAUUUUGCCCUUUUCAGAUCGAUGUUUGCCUCUUCUGUUAGACAAGCCCGUCAGUACAUUCUUCAUGGCUAUGUCCAUGUUAACGGGAUCAAGAUCAAGCAGCCGGGCUACACGCUAUCCCCAGGUGAUAUCUUUAGCGUCAAGCCGGAGAAGGUGUUGUCCGCAUUGGGUGCUACGAAGCCUUCUGUUAAACAAGCUGCUAAGAUUGAUAAUGUUCAGAUAUCCAAGUGGAAUGAAUACGUGGCAAAGGCCAAGAAGAACCCAAAGGCCGUCUGGGAUGCACAAAGGGAGAAGAAGAGAUUGGGGAAACAGCUGGAUGCAGAGGAAGAGGAGGCUUUGAAACAAAGGGUGUUGACCUUCAACAAGAACUUGGAGUCGCAAAUGCUCAAAGAUCAAAAGGAAUUCACGAGAUCUAAGGUUUUGAAAGAUGUGUUGACAUUGGGGCUGAAGACCGAGACCCCAACUAUCAGUACAUUCCCAAAGCUUUCGGAAGAAGCUGCUGGCAAAGCCCUCAAGCUCUAUGAGAAGGUGAUCACAGCUCCUGGUUUGACCGUUGAGACUUUGAAAACCAGAUCUGACAAGGAGCUAGAUACCAUUGUCUCCAAGGCACUAGAUAAGGAGGAACAGGCUAAGAGAAGUGAUGCUGAGAAGAAGAUCUUCUCGGAGGUCAAGCAGCUGGUUUCAUCUGUACAAUCGAUCCACUGGGAGGACCUUAGAAAGGCCAGUGAUGCAAAGAAACUCGACCCAUCAACAAGGGAGAUUCCAUACGAUCCAGAAUGGGCAAACAAAUUGACUUUCCACAAACGUGUUGAAGUUUCAAAGGCACUGGAAGACGAAUCCUCCGUAAAGGUCAACUUGCCAUGGCAAAGGGGAUUGUUUGGACGUGAAGAACCAAGUAAGCCUUAUUUCACACCAUGGAAGGUUCGUCCAUUCAUAGCUCCAUUCGCUAUCUUACCUUCGCACAUUGAGAUCUCCUUCGAGACUUGCCAUGCUGUCUACCUCAGAGAUCCAGUUGCACUUCCAGGUAAAUCUGAAGUCAUUUCUCCAUUCGGUUUACCAGUCCAACAAAGAGCCUACAUGUGGUAUACAAGAAGAGUCAAAGUUGUGAGAAACUGAACGUCAAGAAAUCCUCUACGAUAUAUAGAUAAAUCAAGAGUUCUGUACAUACAUAAUACAAAAAGCAGUCUUUCUAAAUCGUGUGUGUUGGCGUAUAUGUAUCCUAGCUAUUUCAGGUUAGCCAGCAUGUUCAACGAUGGUACUGGAAACUUCACCUUUUUCGUUGAACGUAUGUUUGAACUGUUCUGGGAUCGAAAGCUCUUUGAAAUCACCACCUUCUUCAGCUUGUGG